AAACUUGAACGCAGCACGGUGGUUACGUCAAUCCACGCGUCAGCCUCGUCUUGAGAAAGAUCGUCAAUUGAAACACGUCUCACUCAGAGGUUAAAACAAAAGCCCUUCCUCCAAACGCACCAAAUUAGAGCGUUACCGUAGCAACCCGAACCGAUCAGAUAAAUUGAUCACCGUGUUCGGUUCUUUCCUCUGUCAGUGUGUCUGUUGUCGUUGAUACAGUGAAUGUAUACACGGUGUGUUCCCUCGGUUGUGUUAGUUUUUUUGUAUCCGGAAAGUCGCGCGCAGUGAGCCGUCUGUGCUUCCUGCUGCUCCGGUAAACACACGUCUGUGUUCGCGGGGCUCCGCUCUCAUGUCUCUCCGGCUCUAUCUGCUUGUAUUUGGCAGAAAUCCUCGAGCCCUGUGACCGCCUCCCUCGGUGUGUCUCUCCCCGCGGACGGCAGGGAUGCUCCGGUUCUGGUUCAAAGCGGCGGUCGUCCUCUGGCUCGUCCCCGGGUGUCUGGGAGCCGCAGCCCGGCUGUACACGGAGGAGGACCCGCUGGUGAUCCUGAGCAGCAGCAGCUUGAAGCCCACCGUCAGUAACUCGUCCUCGGCCUGGCUGAUCCAGUUCUUCUCCUCCUGGUGCGGACACUGCAUCCAGUACUCCAGCACAUGGAAGACCCUGGCCCAGGACGUCAAAGACUGGCAGCAGGUCAUCAGUGUGGCGGUUCUCGACUGUGCUCAGGAGGAGAACUUUGACGUGUGUAAAGAGUACAACAUCCGGUUCUAUCCGACGUUCAAGUAUUUUCGGGCUCACAGUGCAGCGACAGACAGAGGGACGGCCUACAGAGGUGCAGACAGAGAGAUCCAGUCAGUGAGACAGCUGAUGGUGAACAUCCUGCAGAACCACACCAGACUGGACUGGCCCGACCGCUGUCCUCCAUUAGAUCCAUCCAGCUCUGUAGAGCUGCUGCCUCUUUUAGGUCAAAGGUCAGAUCACUACACUGCUAUCAUCAUAGAGGAACCACACUCGUAUGUGGGACGAGAGGUUAUCCUGGACCUGUUGCAGUACUCAGGUGUAGAGGUAAAGCGAGCUCUGAGCUCGGAGCUCCCUCUGCUGGACGCUCUGAAAAUCACAACCUUCCCCUCCAUCUACCUGCUGCACCCCAAUGGGACACACACACACCUGCACGUUCAGAAGCGGCUGCGUUUCUUCUUCUCCUCCUUGCUGAGGACGUUACCAGGCGUUCAGCGCAGGUUGAAGUCCGAGGACAGCAGUUCCAGUGUGGGUCAGGUGGGGGCGCUGGAGGACGAGCACAGCACAGAACCCUGGAGAGACUUCGACAGGUGGAAGGUGUACACAGCUGAUCUGGAGUCAGCCCUUCACUACCUGCUGAGGGUCGAGCUAGCUACCCAUAAUACCUUGGAGGGGGAGGAGCUGAAGAUUUUCAAGGACUUUGUCACUUUGGUUGCAAAGCUGUAUCCAGGUGGGGGUUCAGUGGUGAAGCUGAUGGAGACUCUCUCUGAUUGGCUGCUCAGUCUGCCAUUGCAGCGAAUCCCCUACCAGGCCGUCCUGGACCUGGUGGACAACAAGAUGGGGAUCUCAGGUGUGUUCCUGGGGACAGAGCUGCGAUGGGUCGGUUGUCAGGGUAGCAAGGCGGGGCUUCGAGGUUACCCAUGUUCCCUCUGGACUCUGUUUCAUGUUCUGACUGUCCAACAUGAUGUCACGCCCACCGCGCUGGAAAACACAGGUCUGGAGGGCGAGGCGGCUCCGGUGCUGCAGGUGAUGCGUCAGUACAUCAGGACGUUCUUCGGCUGUGAGCAGUGUGGGCGACACUUUGAGCAGGCGGCCGCCGUCAGCAUCGACCAAGUCCAGAGCAGAGAGCAGCAGAUACUGUGGCUGUGGAACCAACACAACAUGGUCAACUACAGACUGGCUGGCUCUCUGAGUGAUGACCCCCUCUUCCCUAAAGCUCCGUGGCCAAGCCCCUCCCUCUGCGCCUCCUGCCACGAGGAGAAAAACGGCGUCCACGUCUGGAACUACGACAACGUCCUCCGCUUCCUCCGACAUCACUAUGGAGCCUCCAACCUCUCCCCCAAAUACUCCCUGACCCCCCCUCGACUCCCCGCACCUCCCCCAGACCCUGAUCCUGUGCAGACCAGCCAGCCGGAGCACCGAGCAGCAGGAGAGAGGAAAGAGGAGGAGAGAACCGAGGAGCAAGGAGCGGGAGGAGGGGGAGGAGGGGGAGGAGGGGGAGGAGGCGUGUGGAUCCUGGGUCUGGGUUUUAACAGCGUGGACAUGAGCCUGUGUGUGGUCCUGUACGUCUGCUCCUGCCUCUUCCUCAUGCUCCUCUUCUUCUUCUUCAAAGUCCGCUCCAGGAGGUGGAAGCUGCGACACUCCCGCCUCCAUGUCUGAUCCGGACCAGACCGGUUUACACAGAACCCAGGAUCAGUCCAGGGCUGGGUGACAACAUUUCCUCACUGGUCUGAGUCCAGGAUCUCACCACAGACCCAACAGUCCCCAGACUCUCAAUCCAGAUCUGUCCUGUGGCCUGGGUUCACCACCUCACACACGGUCAGAGGUCAGAGGUCAGAGGUCACUGUUCCAGGGAGAGCUGGUCAGAGGAUCAUGAGACCAGAUAGACCAUGUCCUGGUCUGACUUCACCUCAGUCCUGGUUCCUCGUUCUCCCAGAUUUAAUCUUCAGUGUUUUUAUUCAGGUUCAGGUUCUCUGCCAGACUACAACCCACCCGGACUGGACUGGACUGGACUGGACUGAACUGGACUGGACUGGACUGGACUGGACUGGACUGGAUUGAACUGGACUGGACUAAACUGGACUGAACUGGACUGAACUGAACUGGACUGGACUGGACUGGACUGGACUGAACUGGACUGGACUGAACUGGACUGAACUGAACUGGACUGGACUGGACUGGACUGGACUGGACUGGACUGGACUGGACUGGACUGAACUGGACUGGACUGGACUGGACUGGAUUGAACUGGACUGGACUGGACUGGACUGGACUAGACUAGACUAGACUGGACUGAAAUGGACUUGACCGGACUGGUUUUUGGAUUGUUGUGGUUCAGAGAUGGAACGUGGUCUGGAUUUAUUUAUUUUUGCUUUUCAAACCCAGACUGGAUCGUGAGAUCUGGACUGGACCCUCAGGACUGGGUAGCAGACUGGGACUGAAGUGGACCAGACCGGUUCUGCAGGGUGGAGUUCACUUUGUGCCAAAUGUUUCACCUGCUGACAGACGACACACCUGUCCUCUUAGGCUCCGCCUGUGUGUGUGUGUGUGUGUGUGUGUGUGUGUGUGUGUGUGUGUGUGUGUGUGUGUGUCUGUGUGUGUCUGUGUGUGUGUGUGUGUGUGUCUGUGUGUGUCUGUGUGUGUGUGUGUGUGUGUGUGUGUGUGUGUGUGUGUGUGUGUGUGUGUGUGUGUGUGUGUGUCUGUGUAUGUGUGUCUCUUUACUGUGAAACAUGGACCCGUCCUGAUUGGUUGAUUGGAAGUAUUAUUGAUAAGCUGAUCAGGUUUUUGCUGUGGUGGAUUUGGUGACACCUGGUGGUGACCUCAGGUGACCCUUCAGAUGUUUUAAUUAGAAUAAUGUUCUGUUGGUGAAACACUGGGUCGUUAGAGGACGUUUGAUUAAUGAGAGAGAAGAAGAAGGGACAGUGUUGUAGAAAAUGUGAACAAUAUAUUUUUUUACAUAAAUAUUUUCAGUAAGAACCCUUUAAAUAAACUGAUGACAUCAUCAUCUCAUCAUCAUCAUCAUCAUCAUCUCUGCUGAGACAGAACAUGUGGUUCUGAGUUAAAGUCACUUUAACAUCAGUUUGAAAAACAAAUCACCAGAUUUUACUGAUUCAAAACCAUUUCAGGCCUUGACAUUAGAAAAUAUGUUCCUGAACAACUUUCCAAAACUUUUCAGAACUUUCCAGACUCCUGAAGUUUACACAUGAAGAAGCACCAGAGGAAACAGAAACGUAGAGAGAUGUUUUUAUAAAACGACAGAUCAGCUGAUGAGGUGAUGAGUGCGGUGACGGUCAUGUGACUUUUAAACAGGUGAUGUCAUGGACACACCUUCACAUAGACUUCUUCACAGGCGGCAGAUGACGUUGUGAUUAAGGAUGAAGUGAAAGGAGAGCGACUCCAGCUGUUUCUGUUUUUAAUCUCGUUCAUGUUGAAACGAUUAAAAAUGAAUCGACGAAACAAAAACUGAAAAAAAAUGUUAAACUUCAAGUUCAAAGUUUAAAACUUUAAGUUAAAAUGUUUUCAGAUUGAGAGAGAGAGAUUUUUCAUUUCAGAUUUUUUAAUUUCACUUUCUGAUUUUUAAUUGCUGUUUCCACAGCAACCACUUACAUUCAAAUACUUCAAAUAUUACUUUUUGACAUUAAUUUAACACCUUCCCCAGAAAUCUUGGGGUAAGUUACAACAGGUUCACUCAGCCCCUGCUCAGGGUUUAUGCUAAGCUAGGUUAGCCACGCUCUCUCUAGUACCCUGCAAGCAGCCAAUCAAAAUUCAGCAGCUAUAAUUUCCCCUGUGAACAUUCAAUCAACAUGAGCAUUGGUGCGCAGGUUUAUGACGUCAUGAAGAAGGAGUGGAGGAAACCUUGGAACAAACGGCGUCCAGGUGGCGCUACAACAGAGCUCAGGUGGUUAGACCUUCAGCUGAGGGUUCACAUCCCGCCCCUGCCUCACUCCACCAAGUCCUCAAGUCCAUGAAAACCACAUUUCAUUAACAAUGAAAUAGGAAACAGGUGUGGACCCUUUCAGCUGUGUCUUUAUUUAUUUUGAUUCCUCUUCGUCGGUGACAGUCAGAGCGGCGGCCAUUUUGUUUUCAGGUUGUCUCAUGGGCAUGAGAUCUCUGUGAUACCUUGAAGGAAUUCUUCACAUUUGGAAAAAACAUUCACCCUGACUCAAGGAUGAACUGGUCAGAGUUUGGUGGUCAAAGGUCAAAGGUCAGGGUGACCUCACAAAACAUUUUUGAGCCAUUACUCAAGACUUCACAUCAAUUAUGACAAAACUUCACACAGAUGGUUCAUAUGUAAUAUUUUCUAUGACGGGAUAAACAGGAAGUGACCGGGUCUGAGUGGAGGAGGAGGAGACUCUCCUUCUUUUUCAUUUUAUUUCUUUUUUAACUUUGGACUUUGUGUUUCUUUUCCUUCACCUGCUCUUUAACUGUGUAUCAGUAACAUCAAGUGUGAGUCGUCCUCUGUGUUCAACCUCUGAGUUUUAUUGAUUGAUUACCAGUUAUUUCUUCUUCUUCUCCUGAUGUUUCUGAUGUUAAAGAGGAGCUGCUUUGGACUCAGCCUGUAACCCGGACUCCCCUGGUCCUGCUCCUGGUCAGGGUUUUGUUUAGUUUGUAUUGUUCUGGUUAUUUUAAUGAGAUGUAAAUAAUCUGCCUGAAUAAAUCUUGUUGCUGCAGCUCUCA